AUGAGCGCCGGAGUCUGCGGUACCUUCGCGGUCCCCGAGGUCACCGGACGUCGGGUUUUCCGGCAUUGCACUGCCAAUUCCAGCACGACGUGCAUACCUUGUGUGGGGGACACCUACACGGACCAUCCCAACGGCUUGGAACGCUGCCGGGACUGCAAACGGUGCGAUGAAGGAGCCAAUCUAGUGCCGAAAGUCGCGUGUAGCUACGUGAAGAACACUGUGUGUGGCUGUCUGCCGGGGUACUUCUGCAGUUACUCCGUGGCGGACGACUGUGAACUCUGCCAGCGCUACACUGUCUGCUCUCCCGGCACCAUGGUGAAAGAAGGGGGCACGGACACCACUGACAACGUGUGUGAAGCCUGUCCUCCUGGGACCUCCUCCACCACCAGCAUGGCCUCCAGCUGCAGGCCGUGGCACGAACUUGAGCAGAACGACCCAGAAGAAGGAGAGGACGGGAAUCCUUCCUCAGAUUCCUCUGUUACCGCGAUUGUUGUUUCUGUCGCUGUAAUCGUGCUAGCUGUUGCGGCUGGCCUUGUGUAUACCUGGCAAAAGAGGAAAAGGAAAAAUUACGUGCCACCGGUGCAGGAGUCAGGGAGUGGACAGCAGUGUCGGAGUUUGGUAUUAAACGUGGAGAGCGAGGAGCAAACAACCGUUCCUGUGCAGGAAACCGGUGCCAAUCCGGAAGAAGCGCGGCUUGAGUGGCCGUUUGUUUGA